AUGAAAAUAAAUGAUAAUAUAAGAUUUAUCAUAACAGGAAAUAACAUAGAAACCUCACUUAUAAAUAGACUUAUUAAAUAUAACAUACCAUGUAUAUCAUAUGAAGAAUAUAUUGAAAUGUCACAUGGUAUGAUAGAGGGUGCAAAUGAGUUAAUUCCAGAUAUAUACAAUGUAUGUAAAGAAUAUGUUGGAGAUGGAUUUAUAAACUUUACAUUCAUACUUAAAAUGACAAAACAAUGGUAUGAAAUUUCAUAUGAAACCAACAGUAGAUUACUAAAGCACCUAAGUAGAGGAAUAGAUAAAAUCAAAGUAUUCAAAAAAAACGUUGAUAAAAUGGAAUCAUCACUAAAUCAAACAAGGUCCAAACUUGAUAAAAUGAAUUCUGAUUCUGAAAAUAAAAUAAAAGUGUUGGAAAUUAAACAGAAAGAGUGUGAAGAAAAGAGGAAAGCUGCAAUGGAAUUGGCAAGUAGUUUGAAGGAGAGAAAAUCGAUUUUGGAUACUAAAAAAGAAAUGAUCAAGAGUCAAAUAGAGAACGUUGACCCAAUGAUUAAAAGGGCAAAGCAAGAGGUAGAAAAUAUAAAUAAGAGGUCCUUGGAAGAGCUUAAAAGCAUGAAUAGCCCUCCAUUUAUAGUCAAGUACACAAUCGAAACAGUUUCUAUGAUAUUGAAAAAUGGUAGAAAAAUACAGUGGGACGAUGCCAAAAAGCUUUUGAAAAGUCCAGAUUUUAUCACAAAAAUAAUUCUAUAUGAUAUUGAAAAGAUGCAAGAAAAUACAUAUAAUAUGCUGAAAGAGAGAUUAGAAAUACACGAGUGGGAUGUAAAUAGGAUAGUUAAAGCAUCAAGAGCUGCAGGUCCAUUGGCAAAAUGGGCUAAUUCAAUAUUAAUAUGUUAUGAUAUAUACAAACAAGUGAUACCAUUAAAGAAUGAUAUUAAUGAAAUAGAAGAAGAAUAUACAAGAAAUGAGAAUAUCUUGGCAGAACAAAACUUGUUAAUAUCUGAAUCACAAAAGGAAAUUGAACAGAAUCAGUCAGAUUAUCUUAAGAAUAUACAAGAGUCUAGUACAAUCCAAAGUGAAAUUGAAAUAAUUGAAAAUAAAUUGAUUUUAUCCAAAAAAGUGGUUGAUGAUUUAACCAAUGAACUUUUCAGAUGGAAUAAAAGGGUUUCAGAGAUUGAAAAUGAUAAUAAGUACCUUUUAUCUAAUUCUAUAAUGGAGGCCCUUAUGCCCAUGUAUACCUCAUUAGAUUAUAGUACCAGAAACAUAUUUAUACAAAAAUGUACAGAGAUUUUGAAGAAACGGGAUGAAAACUAUUCUUUCAAUGUUAAAACUAUUUUUAACAUUGAAAAACAUAUAAUUGAAAGAUACAAAAGAUUGAGGCACUUUGUUAUACUAGACUCUCAUGAGUCUGAAUAUACACCAUUAAUAGAAGAACCAUAUACACAAGCAUCAUGUUGUGAUGAUAAGUUUAUGAACGUGUUAUACUCAGUAAAGAGCUUGUCUGGGAAUUUAUUGGUUAAGGAUAUCCACUGUUGUGAUGUAAAUAUAAAACUAAAAAUAUUAAAGGAGUUUAAAGAGAAGGUAGAUUCGGAGACUGGUUUUACCAUGUACAUCAUUUCAACAAACGAUUAUUUUAAAAUGAACAAAUCCGCUGAUAAAUGCAUAGUUGAGUCAAUAUAUAACAGGUCUAUAGUUUUGAAUAUGAAGUUGAAUAGUGAGUGCUUUGUUGAAUAUGUUAAAAACAGAAUAAUUGAUGUAUUAGAACCUGAAGUAUACUCUUUGUAUAUUAAUAGUAGUAAAAAUAUUGAUGAGAUCAACGCAAAGAUGAACAACAAUGAAGCUAGAUUGUUAGAUAAAUUAAUAGAUACGGAUGUUUUUGACCCAAAUUUUGUAAAAUUUAUAGAUGAGUAUAAGAUGAUAAAUGAAAAAUUAGACUCGUCACUGGAUGACCUGAAGAAAUCACAUGAAAUAUACGAAAAGGCCAUUGACUCCAAACAACCACUAAUUGAACUACUUUAUUAUAUUUAUAAAGAAAUAGAAGAGUUAGGACAGUUAAACAGGUUAUAUCUUUUUGAUUACAAUGCUCUGUUUUACUUUACUAAAGUAUUGUACACAAGUGACACUCAUAUUACUGAUAUUAUUGUACUAACAUAUAAUUGGAUAUCUGGAGGUAUUUUACAAGCCGACAAAUUACUUUGGGGAAUGAAAAUGCUAAGAAUUUUAUCUAACUAUGAUAAUGAUUUGAAGGAACUAAUUGAUUCCACCAAUAACCUUCCCAAUUCUCCACAAUGUUUGAUAACUACUUAUCUAAAAUCAGAAGAAUAUAAUGAUACAAUACUGGAUUAUUAUAGUACUAUAAUAUUGUUAACUGAUGGAUUUGAGGACGCUGUUUAUAUAUCAAAAUCUAUAUCAAAUAAAAAAUCCAAGAGUUUGGGUGUGUAUGCAGUAGGUUCACUUUCUGAAAUGACCAAAGUAAUAAACUCUAUGGUGAACUCUUUAAAUAUGGGAAAUUAUGUAAUUUUGAAAAACAUACACUUAUCCAAGACUUGGAUUAACAAAAUUGAAACUGAUUUCUUGAAUAAAUAUAAGAGUAGUAAAAUAUUCUUAACAUGUGAUAUGAAUGUGGAGUUGUCAAAGAAUAUGUUAUUAUCGUGCCAUAAAAUAACAUGCGAACUAACUGAAUUGAAGCCAUUGAUAACACAUUUAUUCAAGAUGCUUACAAAUAGUUUGGAUUUGACGGUUUCCAAAUUUGUUUUACUAAAGUGUGUGGUAACACACUCAAUUAUCAUUCUGAGGCAAUUGUAUGUUCCCUUUGGAUGGAGCAAGAAAUAUGAUUUUACUACUAAUGAUCUAAAAAUCAUUCUUAGAUUUUUGAAUGAUUCAUCAAACAACUCCGAUACUUCUGAGAUAAAAAUAGUCGAUUUAAUGAAUAAUAUAAUAAAAGAGGUUUACAGUGCCAAGAUAACAUGUGAAAUUGACUUAAAACUGCUAGACGAUAUUAUCCAAGUGUCAGACCAAAGAGUUCAAGAAUGUGAUGAGAUUGAGGCUUGGAUUGAAAAUAAUUGUUUAGAUAAUUGGUUUGGGUUUAUAGGAUUCACAAAUUACACACAAGAUGAAAUUUUUAACUCAAAGGUCCGUGAUAAUAAAUCGUUAACUGAGUACGAAGAGCACGAAUAUAAGACUGAAUACGCCACAGAAUGCAAAGUGUUUCAAAAUUUUAUUAAUGAUGAAAUUGCUGAACUGAUUGUUAAUAAAAGUAUUAAUCCUCUAGAGCAUACACGAGAGUUAGAGAAUAUGUCCAGAUUUAUUAGUGGAGAAAAUAUGAUUACCAUUAAUUUGAAUAACAUUAUCUUGGCAAAUAGACUUAUAAACCUGUUAAAAUUUUGUAUACCUACCAAUAUUGACCCGGAGGAGAUUGAAAUUAGUGUAAAAAUAGAUAAUGAGGCUGAAUUUACCGGAAAUUCAUUCAUAGUAAAGGCCAAACUAUGGAAUGGAGAGUAUAUACCUGAUGACAACUCAAUAUCGAGUGGCACAGGUGGUGGGAGAGAUCACAAAUUAUUUUUUUGCUGGGAGAAAAAGGAUGAAAACACAAGUGAACCCGACGUUGUGACGACUUUUAUACCUUUAUAUAAAUCAAACGGGUUUGUUUAA